GGAUCGUCUUAUGUUGUCAGUCGGUAAACAGCUUUCGUCUGGACCUGUCGCAAUUUCCCUGAGAACACGUAUGAGCCCAACUAGCCCGACAUGUUCGACAAAAGGUUAUUUAACGUUACCGUCCUCGGUCUCGGUUUCAUGUUCGUGUUCACGGCAUUUCAGACAUUCAGCAACGUCGAGGUGACGAUAUUAAAUUCUCUUAGUGCAGACGAUAAGACUUUUACCGGCAAUGGCUACACUUCCCUCGCCAUCAUUUAUGCAAUGUUGGCCAUUGGAAAUUGGCUCGCGCCUUCUAUUAUCGGAGCAAUCGGAGCAAGAAUGUCGAUGGUCAUUGGAAGUUUAACAUACUUGUUAUUUAUUGCGUCAUUUUUAAUUCCAAAGACUUGGCUCCUAUAUACAGUAUCAGCUUUAAUGGGUAUAGGGGCUUCAUUAAUCUGGACUGGCCAGGGGAAUUAUUUAACACUUAAUUCCGAUGAUUUAACAAUGGCGAGGAAUUCAGGGAUAUUUUGGGCUCUUCUGCAAUCGAGCAUGUUGUAUGGAAACUGUUAUGUUUUCAUUGCAUUCGAAGGAAAACAGCACAUUGAUGAGCACACAAGAAAUACGGUUACUAUAGUACUUACAGCACUGUCUCUGAUCGGGCUGGUAUUUCUUGUGCUCUUAAGACCGGCGGUCAGUGCUGAUGGAGAGGUUUUGGCUCGAAGGACCGUCGGGCCAAUAAAAGCCUUCAGAGAAGCAAUGUCUUUGCUAACUCGCAAAGAAAUGAUUUUCCUUUGCAUCACAUUUUUAUAUACAGGGUUUGAACUGUCAUUUUAUAGCGGCGUUUACAGCCCGAGCAUAGGCUUCACAUUGAAUAUCAGUGACAACCCUAAAAGAUUGACUGGGCUGUCAGGAAUUGCAAUCGGCGUUGGCGAAAUUGCAGGAGGUUUGUUGUUUGGUCUACUUGGCUCUAAAACGGUUCGAUGGGGAAGAAGCCCGAUUGUCAUACUAGGCUUUGUUGUCCAUAUUGUUACAUUUUUCUGUAUUUUCUUAAAUCUGCCAAAUUCAGCUCCGUUGGGAGAUACGACUGAUCAAGCUUAUAUUCAGAGCAACGUCAUUCUUGCUAUAGCUUGUAGUGUAUUGUUGGGAUUUGCUGAUAGCUGUUUUAAUACACAAAUUUACGCUGCCAUCGGGACAAUUUUCAGUGAAGAAAGUGCUCCUGCAUUUGCCAUUUUUAAAUUCACCCAAAGUUUGGCUGCAGCAAGUGCCUUUUUUUACAGUAAAUACAUAGGACUCUACAUCCACUUGGCGAUAUUGGUCGUCUGGGCAACUUUAGGCACUGCUACUUAUUGCAUUACAGAACGGAUGGUAAACAACAGUAAAGAGGUUGACGAUGAGAGUCAGAUAAACCAGAGCAAACGAUUUUAAAAACAAGACUAAAAAUUAUAUCUUACCUUGGUUAAUUUUUGUAUAUUACAGUUGAAAUGAAAUUA